CACAACAAGGCACGGAGAUUUAAACAAAUUAAUUGUAUAUAAAAACGCCAGCCCAGCGAUGCAGAACACAGCGGACGAGGAGGGCGCGACGCCCAGCCGCGCGGCGGGGGGCGUGGCCAAGGCCGGGCCGGCGGACGGCGACGAUGGCGGCGGCGGAGGAAGCGGUGGAAGCGGCGGUGGCAACAACAACAACGUCGGCGGCAUCAUUGUUUUGAGAGCUGCGCUGGGAGAGAACGAGACGAGAGCGGUAAUCAAUAAAUGGCGGGUUCGCGAGGGACAAUUCGUGUCGGCGGCCCAGAUCCUGUUUCUCUACCAGCCGGUGGGCGAGGAUGGGAAGCCAGGAAAGGGCUCCUCCUCCGCCUCCUCAUCCACCAUCCAGAAGUACAAGUCGCAGCGCGCCGGAGUGGUGAAGAAGCGGCUCCGCAAGGACGGGGAGCUGCUCUCGAAGGGGGAUGCCAUCCUGGAGUUGUCCGAGUGCAUACACACCACGGUAAUCAAGGACAUGUGCGCGGACUGCGGAGCCGACUUGCGUCAGAACGAGAAUGGACAAACAUCGGAGGCCUCGGUGCCCAUGGUGCACACCAUGCCCGAUCUCAAGGUCACCCAGAAGCUGGCCCAGAAGCUCGGGCACGACGACACCCGCCGCCUGCUGGCCGACAGGAAACUGGUGCUCCUGGUGGAUCUCGACCAGACGGUGAUCCACACCACCAACGACACGGUGCCGGAGAACAUCAAGGGCAUCUACCACUUCCAGCUGUACGGCCCGCAUUCCCCGUGGUACCACACGCGCCUGCGCCCCGGCACCGCCGAGUUCCUGGAGCGCAUGUCGCAGCUCUACGAGCUCCACAUCUGCACCUUUGGGGCGCGUAACUAUGCGCACAUGAUUGCCCAGCUUCUGGAUCCCGAUGGCAAGUUCUUCUCGCACCGCAUUCUGUCGCGCGACGAGUGCUUCAAUGCCACCAGCAAGACGGAUAACUUAAAAGCUCUGUUCCCGAACGGCGAUUCCAUGGUCUGCAUCAUCGAUGAUCGCGAGGAUGUGUGGAACAUGGCCUCCAAUCUGAUCCAGGUCAAGCCCUACCACUUCUUUCAGCACACGGGCGACAUUAAUGCCCCGCCGGGCUUGUCCAAGCACGAGCUGGAUGGCGAAGGCGUUGACUUCAAAGAAAUUACCGAGAAGAAGGAGGACAAGGACAAGGUGGAAUCCAGCAGCGAAGUGAAACCAGAGGACGCCGAUAAGGGCGACAAUACUGUGUCGAGCACAAGCAAAGAUGAUGAGGGCAACGAGGAAUCGGUGGACGUGUUCGAGGACCCCGAGAUUUCCAACUCUGCUGCAGAGGGACCCAAAGACCCGAGUGACAAACUAAAUGGCAAGACCAUCGCCGAGGAAGUCAUGGUCAUAGACGAUAGUUCAUCUGGCUCACCAGAUGCUGAGAAGGCGGCCAGCGAUGGCGAAGACGUAGUUGUUAUUGAUGAGAAUUCCAAGGAGAGCACAAGCACAAAGGCGGAGAAGAAUCCACUGGUAGAAUCCACUACUUCACCAGAGGAGGAGGAGAAAAGCCCGACCACCGAAGAGGAGGACGUCGCCACCACGUCGAAGAUCACGCCCAGCAUUCGACCACCGAUCGAGGGGCAGAAGCAGAUAGAGAUCGAGGACCCCGACGACUAUCUCCUUUAUUUAGAGGUCAUACUGCGCAACAUUCACAAGCGAUUCUACGCCAUCUACGACGAGACCACGGAGAUACCAGACCUCAAGAUCAUCGUGCCGAAGAUCCGCUGCGAGGUGCUGCGCGGCAAGAGCCUGGUGUUCUCCGGCCUGGUGCCCACGCAGAUGAAGCUGGAGCAGUCGCGGGCGUACUUCAUCGCCAAGAGCCUGGGCGCCGACGUGCAGCCGAACAUAGGCAAGGAGAUCACGCACCUGGUGGCGGUGAAUGCGGGCACCUACAAGGUCAACGCCGCCAAGAAGGAGGCCGCCAUCAAGGUGGUCAAUGCCAACUGGUUGUGGACCUGCGCCGAGCGCUGGGAGCACGUGGAGGAGAAGCUCUUCCCGCUGGACCGCAAGGUGCGCAACAAGGGCCGCCAGCCACCCGCCCAUUGCCACAGCCCGGAGCACGUGGUCAACUACAGCGAGCGCUCGGAGAUCUCGCCGUCGAGCAGCAAGCAGCAGGAGGAGCAGAGCGGCAACUUCCGAGAAACUCUAAACCCGCUGCUGGUCUUCACCAACGCGGACAUCGAGUCGAUGAACAAGGACUACGAGACAUUCUUCGAGUCCGACUCGUCCAGCGACGAGGGACCCGUGAACUUUGAAAAUCCACCGAUGGACAAGAAGCUGCUGAAGCGAAAGCGCGAGGAUGAUAACUCAAAUAGAGCCCACGACUUUUUUACGCGGAGCGAGGACGUGAUGAUCGGAGCGCCAAACGUUAUGGAGUUUGAUAUCAGCUCGAAUGAAGAGGGCGAUGGCGAUGCUGAUGACAAUAAUGAGAAGGAGGAUGAUGACGAUGAGAUGCCCAGCGCCAAGUUCCGACGAGGAGAAGAUCUGCCUUCCGAUCUAGAAAUCGGAUCCGAUUCGAACAGCGAGAAGGACCCGGAGGACGAGGACGACGGCGAAUGGAACAUGAUGGGCGCCGCCUUAGAGAGGGAGUUCCUCGGCCUGGAAGACUUUGACCUAUAGAAAUUCCGCAACCAGACACAUUGGAGGCCUGCUGCUGCCCGGCCACUCAAGACACUUUAGUUUCACUGCAAGGGUUUCGGCGCUGGAUAGACUUACGCUUAGGGUCCGCACUGUAUGUAUUAGCUGUUAAUAUGUACUUUUAAAGUAGCCUGUAAGAGAGAUCGAUCGCACAUCGGCGGGCCGCCCGGGCUCCUUUAGGCGCAGUGAAUUUUUGAAUCAAAAACUCUCAUUCUGAUCUAAUGUAAAUUGAAGCCUAUACUGUAAAUGUUUUAAAAAUAAAUUCCGUUUCAGCGGAUCUA